AGGACAGCUCAGAGGGAGGAGAGAGGGAGGUUUGAAUUCAUAAUUAGAAAGCCCUGCUGGAUUCAUUUGGAGAGAACACGCCGUUCGACCUUCUUUGUGCUGUCAUUGUCUUAUCACAUUUCUGUCUCAUGCCGCUCUCAAGCUCCCCUUCCACCACCACCACCACCUCCUCCUCCUCGGGUGUGGUGCACACCACGUUGCCACUGCAGGCAUCACCUCCGUCGAACCAGCAAAAACAGCAGCAGCAGCAGCAGACGUACGCGGAGGUGGACGUCGACGUGCCGUCGACAACUGCACACGUCGCCAGAGCCCACAACGCCACCACACACUCCACGAACGGCAGCGAUGAAAGCUACAAUGAUGAGGAUGAGUACCAUCAAGGUAAUACAUCACCAGGCCAGCAGCAGUCGCAGCGACGUGCAGGGACACCAACAACCGCGAGAGGACACAAUGCGGAUGGCAGCGAUGAGCACAGGGAGUUCGCUUCCGACGGCAACGUAGAAGCGGUGGUGGACGAAGAAGAAGUAGAAGAAGAGGAUGAUGAAGAAGAAAUACGAGAUGAACUCGAUUUCUACUGCCAGCCCUCAUAUUUGUAUCCAACGUUAGCGUCCUCCACACCGCCAGAAGAUCAGCAACGAGCCACGGGGCCGGCAGGACGAAACGCGUCCGGCCUGGUUCCCUCUUCAUCGCAGUCGUCCUCCACCGACAGACGAGGGGAUAACGAAGAAACGGACGAAGACGCGGGGGCAGCGGACCGCAACAGCAUGGAUGCGCCGCCGCCACCGCCGUGUCGUGGUACCCCCUCACCGCACCUCCACGCGGACACGGGGGCACACCGCAGCGAGGUCGUCCCCGCUCAUGCGCCCUCUCCAACGGUUAAGCUGCCCGACGCAGUGGGUGUUGGCGACAGGGACGCACGCGAGGAACGUGUCUAUCACCAGCUCUACCCCACCGCUCCACGAGACAGCAGCAGCAGCAGCAGAAGUACCAGUAGGGAUGAGCAGCAGCGCUCGACGCACGACGGUGAAGCUUGUCACGACAGCUACAACGAAGCCGACGGGACGGACAACGUGUGCGUACGGAAGCCUUCGCACCGUCACCACACUCCACCGGCUGCGCCCCGCGCGAUGAGCCACAGUUAUCACAGCAUCCAUAACGACAGUAAUAGAUGCAACGCGGAGGCAGCAGCGGAGUCUGCUGAUGGACCGUACGUGCCGCCGCUCAUGGCGGAGUACGAUGGAGAGCUGUUGCAGAUCAUUAGGAGCUACUACGUGCGCAAACGCGCUGCAACGGCAGCAGCAGCAACAACAGCGCGAACCACAGUGACGUCGGCCGAAGACGCAUCAGUGGUGUCGUCGCGUGAGCUGAACGGUCCGUCUGUUGUUGGUUCAUCCGUCACGCAGGGCGGGAGCGCGAGAGGCAGCAAGGGAGAGUUGUUGGCGCAUACAAGCAGCAACAGCGGCGCCAACAAGAACGAUGGCAGCGCUGCGGUCACAGGUGGCGACGAUGGUAGCGACGCAGCACACGAUCCUCGUCAUCUUCUUCCUCCUCCGCGAUUAUCUCACACACUGGCACGUGAGGAGGAGGCAUGCAUGCUGGUGCAGUUACCAGCAGCGGUCGCAUCCACGCAGCCGUGCCACAGCACCAACAGCAACGACCUCAGCUGUAGAGAGCAGAAUACUACGGCUAUGAACUCCCGGGAUGUUCGUGGCGCUGCACACAUCAACUAUGGUCCCUCAGCGCGAUCAGCAGUGCCAUCCGCCUCUUUCGCGCCCGACUACGCGAGCUCCGCGUUGGAUCGCAUGAGCGGCGUGCGCCUCCACGUCAGCAACCACGACAACACGCACAAGAACAGCAGUGGUGGUAAUGGCAGUCCAUCGUCGGUGCAGCCGCGCCUCUCCGGCGAUGGACGUCCCCUCACGGGAGGCACAACAAACAUGAACAGCAGCAGCAGCAACGGCGGCGCGUACGCCCUACCACCACCGCUGACGGACACACAACGGCAGCAGCAACCACUACCACCUUCGCAGCGAGCCGAUCCACGCUCCUUUGGGCCCUUCUCUGCAGCUCUACCGCCCGCCUAUACAACUCCGCCCACGAGGAGAAGUUUAAGUGAUAACGCCGCUGCGGUGACCAACUCGUCGUCUUCUGUGUUUCAUCGGCGCUUCGCAUCGUCGCUGCAGGAAGGCGGAGACGGCGGUGCGUACGGAGUAGACGCGCGUGAGUUCGACGCACAGAGCUACGCCUCAACGCAGCAGCCGUACCGCACUGCCUCUACGUCCGCGUCGAUGGCGUUUCCCUUCUCCGGUGAUGGUGCUGCCGCCGCCACGGCCAGUGCUGCGGCAGCAAACAAUACCAAUAACAACAGUGGUAGUAGUGGUGUUAUGACGAUGGACCCUGCAAGUUGGAGCGGCAGCGGGUUCUUCCGCAGCCCCGCCCUCGCCGCCGCUGGAUGGGUGGGAGGGGCGAUUGCGCCACGUGGCGGUGUCAGCGGCCAAAGCGGGAGUGGAGGUGCGCUCGCCAGCGGCCUCUCCGCGCUCUCCAGCCUGCCCUCCUACAGCUCGACCUCCUUCGUCCGCGCCUACGUCUCCGACAUCAGUCUCAGUCUCGAGCCGGCCGUUCUCGUGUCGGCGCUGACGGCCGCGCUGAACAUCAUCGUCGUGGCAUUCCUGCAGCACCACGUCCUCGACACCCGCGAUCACCUCGGGCUGUUUCUUAUCGGCAGCUACAUGAUCUUCGCGUCCUACUACAUGAUCUACUACUUCCUCGAGCGGUUCUCCGGCUCGUUCCGUCGGAUCGCCUCGCAAGACAAGAAGUUCUACAUUAUUGGCAAUUUAAUCAAGGCAGGUAUUCUUGUUUCGAUUACCCCCUUCGCCUGUGUGCAUCUAGUGAAGAUCAUCGUCUUCGACGCGUGGGAGAGCAACAUCCUGCGCAACCUCGGCUGCAUCUACGCCAUUCCCGACUUCAUUUCGAUGAUCAUCGUGCGACGCAUGCGCUGGUCCACGUGGAUUCACCAUGCCUGCGUCAUCGUCUUCAACUACUUCAGCAUUAUGAACAACUACCAGCACGAAAACGUGUGUCGAUGCGUGGUCGUCUACGCAGCCUUUUCGUCCUUCGCGUACUGUGUGAACGUGCUGCUGGCGUCGCGGUUUCUGGGUGUGUCCGUCAACGCUGCGCGCGUGUUGUCGUUUGUGGCCUUGGUCGUGUACGCGCUGUGCUGCGCGGUGAACUGGGCCUGGCAGGUGUACUACCUGCGCCGCCUGCUCACGACCGGGCACGAGCACUGGACCGUGUACGCGUACAUGUUCCUCAUCUCGCUUGUGAUGUGGGAUGACAUCUACCUGAACCGGUGGCUGCUGCAUCACGCUCGCAACAACUCAUACGCGGCGUCGCAGCAUCUUCAGCAGCACCGCAUGCGACAGCAACAGCAAUCACAGCAGCGGCAACCAUCACCGCAGUCGUCCCCGCUUUUUGCCGCGCAGCUGCGGCCGGGACUUCUUUUCCGCAGUCAAUCGGAGCAGCAGCUCCCGGGGCCGCAGAUCGGUGUGCCACCGCGAGCGCUGUAA